AUGUCCACAGUACAUAGAAAUUUCAGAGGGUCAGCAUCAGCUCGAUUCAUCAAGAAACCCGGUCCUUAUGGCUAUACAAAGCAGAAGGUGACAAAUGGAUAUUCACCCUUUGGCAAUCACAAUAAAGGCAGGUAUCCAACGCGUUCCAACUUUGCCGAAACCAAGUUCGAGGCUGUGAAAGAAGUGGAUAGAUUCGACUCGGUUGUUGGGUUUGAUAGAUUUGAAUCGGGACCAAAGAGAACUGGAUGGCUUGUGAAUUUUCAUACUACAUUUGUUCCCAACGACAAGAUAUUACAGGGUUAUGCCGCAGUUGAUUACUACUUUUUGGAUGAGGAAGGUGGAUACUUCAAGGUCACAAUGCAUUAUGACCCAUACUUUUUAGUCAAGUGCAGGGAAGGAACAGAAACGGAAGUGGAAGAAUACUUGAGGAAGUUCUUGGAGUCGACGGUGAAAAACGUUGAGCAGAUCACAAAGGAAGAUCUCAGGCAACCGAACCAUCUUUUGGGUAUCCGCCGGAAACUUUUGAAGCUAAGCUUUCACAACAUUAAUGAUCUUCUGGAGGCCAGAAGUAUGCUUCAGCCAAUAGUGAAAAAGAACCACGAGAAUAAGGACAGCAACGACAUAUACAGAUCUGUGAAUUUGAAUUACAACAACUUGCUCAAGGGGGAUUCUGCAUCAACAAACAGCUUCAGUUCUUCAGAGAUAUCAGCAAAUGGAGGGGAGCCAUCGCACCAUGAGGAUCCAUCAGAGUUAAUUGAAGAGUUACGCGAAUACGAUGUUCCAUACCACGCCCGUGUUUCCAUAGAUAAAGACAUUCGUGUGGGAAAGUGGUUUGACGUUGAGGUGGAUCGAGGAAAUGUCACUUUGACGGAAAGAAAGGAUAAAAUCGCGUUUGCAGAUCCAGUGGUUUUAGCCUUUGAUAUCGAAACCACAAAGGCACCCUUGAAGUUCCCAGAUAGUGCCGUUGAUCAAGUCAUGAUGAUUUCGUACAUGAUCGACGGUGAAGGUUAUUUAAUCACCAAUCGUGAGAUCAUCAGUGAGGAUAUUCAGGAUUUUGAAUACACGCCAAGACCCGAGUACCCUGGUUCUUUCACAAUCUUCAACGAGCCGAAUGAAAAAGCGCUUCUAGAGAAGUUUUUCCAGCAUAUUAGAGAUGUCCGCCCUACUGUGAUUGCAACUUUCAACGGUGACUUCUUUGACUGGCCAUUUGUCGAAUCUAGAGCUUCUUAUCACGGCUUGGAUAUGCACCAUGAGAUUGGAUUUGCCCGGGAUAAGGACGAUGAAUACAAGUCAACAUACUGCUGUCACAUGGAUUGUUUCAGAUGGGUCAAGAGAGACUCGUACUUGCCUCAAGGUGCACAAGGUUUGAAAGCUGUGACUACUGCGAAGCUUGGAUACAACCCAACUGAGCUCGAUCCCGAAUUGAUGACACCAUAUGCAUAUGAGAAGCCCCAGACUCUUUCCGAGUACUCUGUGUCGGAUGCCGUUGCUACUUAUUAUCUUUACUACAAGUAUGUGCAUCCCUUCAUCUUUUCUCUUUGCACGAUUAUUCCACUCAACCCGGAUGAGGUGCUCAGGAAGGGAACCGGUACAUUGUGCGAGAUGUUGCUUAUGGUGCACGCCUAUCAGAAUGGAAUUGUGCUUCCAAAUAAGCACACGGAUCCUCUUGAACGGUUUUUCAAUGGCCACUUGAUUGAGUCAGAGACUUAUGUUGGUGGUCACGUGGAAUCUUUAGAGGCUGGUGUUUUCAGAGCAGAUUUGGAUUCCGACUUUAAAAUAGAUCCAACUGCAGUUGAUAUGCUAUUGGGUGAUUUAAGAAACGCAUUGAAGUUUGCCAUCACCGAAGAGGGACACCAAAAGCUUGAAGAUGUGACAAAUUUCGAAGAAAUCUACCAGGAAGUGAAGAAGGAGUUGCUUGAGUUCAAGAAGCACACAAAGAUUAGAGAGCCACCGGUCAUUUAUCACGUGGAUGUCUCGUCCAUGUAUCCUAAUAUCAUGAUUACCAACAGGUUGCAACCUGAUUCUAUGAAAUCAGAGCAAGAUUGUGCCGCAUGCGACUUCAAUAGGCCUGGAAGGAAGUGUGAUCGACGCCUAUCCUGGGCUUGGAGAGGGGAGUAUUAUCCGGCUGACAUGAGUGACUACAACAUGAUAAAAAACGCGAUGAAAAAGGAAACUUUCCCACCUUACAAGCCCGGUCUUCCUUCAAGGACUUACGAUCAGCUUACGUACACCGAGCAGGCAACAUAUUUAAAAGAUCGUAUUUCCGAAUACUCUAGGAAGGUGUACCACCGUAUUAAGCAGUCAAAAAUCAUUGAAAGAGAAGCCAUCAUUUGCCAGCGUGAGAAUCCGUUUUACGUGAGGACAGUGAGGUCUUUCAGAGACAGAAGAUACGAGUUUAAAGGAUUGAAAAAGCUAUGGACCAAGAAGUUGAGCAAGGUGGAUAGACGCGAUAAGCAUGCCCUUGAAGAGGCGAAGAAAAUGCUGGUUCUUUAUGAUUCGAUGCAGUUGGCACAUAAGGUCAUUUUGAAUUCUUUCUACGGUUACGUCAUGCGUAAGGGUUCCCGGUGGUAUUCCAUGGAAAUGGCCGGUGUCACGUGUCUUACAGGUGCAACGAUCAUUCAGAUGGCAAGGGCUCUUAUUGGGCGAUUGGGCAGGCCGUUAGAACUUGAUACUGAUGGUAUCUGGUGUGCACUUCCAAAGAGUUUUCCCGAUACGUUUACGUUCAAGUUGAAAAACGGCAAAACAACAUCGACCACCUAUCCAUGCUCCAUGUUGAACUAUAUAGUCCACCAGCGAUUUACCAAUGAGCAGUAUCAAACGUUGGUCGAUCCAGUUAAGAUGAGGUACGAGGUGAAAUCCGAAAAUACUAUUUUCUUCGAGGCGGAUGGUCCGUAUAAGGCGAUGAUAUUGCCAACUUCUAAGGAGGAGGGCAAGGGUUUGAAGAAGAGAUAUGCGGUGUUCAACUUUGAUGGUAGCCUUGCUGAAUUGAAAGGUUUUGAGUUGAAGAGACGUGGUGAGUUGCAACUCAUCAAGAACUUCCAAUCAGAUAUUUUCAAGUUAUUUUUGGACGGAACAACACUUGAAGAAUGUUAUGCCACGGUUGCUAACGUGGCCAACAGAUGGCUUGAUGUUUUGGAUUCGCAUGGAAAAAUGCUUGAGGAUGAGGAUUUGAUUGAGCUUAUUUGUGAAAAUAGGAGCAUGUCCAAAACUUUGGCCGAGUACGGUCAGCAGAAAUCAACAUCAAUCACCACUGCAAAAAGAUUGGGUGAGUUCUUAGGAGCACAAAUGGUGAAGGGCAAGGGCUUGGCAUGUAAGUAUGUUGUUGCAGAUAGACCAAUCGGGGCUCCAGUGACUGAGAGAGCAAUACCAACUGCUAUCUUUUCAUCAGAGUUGCCUGUUAAGCAGAAAUACCUGCGCAGAUGGUUGAAAGACCCGGGUUUGGAUGAUUUCGAUCCUAGAUCGAUCAUCGACUGGAAUUAUUACAGAGAAAGACUUGGCUCAACAAUCCAGAAGAUUAUAACCAUUCCAGCAGCAUUGCAGGGCCUUCCUAACCCGGUUCCACGUGUUAAACAACCAGACUGGGUUCAGAAGAGAAUAGACAAAAAGAAUGAUAAGAUGAAGCAGUCCUCCUUAUCAUCUUUCUUUUCCAAAGCUACUCCUGGCUCCGAACCAAUUGGUUCGGAGCAGGUGAAUGAAGUUGAUGAUAUUGAGGACAUUGGCAACGCAUCUACUUCUUCAAAUGGAACAAAGGUCGCUCAUGUUAUGUCUAAAAGAAGAAGACACAUGACAGAUGCGGAUUCCGAAGAGGCCAAGGAGCAGAUAAUCCUCAAGCAGCAGCCGCCAAACCCACUGAUCGACUAUGUGGGAUUCUUGAAGCAUGAAAAGAUCAAAUGGAACAUCCAGGCGAGGGAGAGAAAAAGAAGGCAGAAGCUUUUUGGUAGAAGUUACAAUUCUAUGGACAGGGGUAUUGUGAGCAACUUUAUUGGCCACAGGGCAGAGUUGUAUGCCACAAACGUGUGGCAGGUUAUUCAAUACAUUCCGGAUUUGGGUAAUCCUGGAAACCUUAAGGUAUUUGUGUUGGUCCGGGAUAAAGUCCAGGAAUUGACUUUACACAUACCAAAGACCAUUUAUGUGAAGUUCAAGUCCGGAAACAUGCCAGACGGUAGUAUUGAAGAUUGCACUGUGAAGAAAUCAGAGGAAUCCUUGCCAACAGGAGGCGACAAUAAAAACAUUUUCAAACUAAGCAUGCCUGAAGAUGCUUAUUUGGAGGAGAUGAAGAAGUCGGACUCAAUUCUAAAGAGUACUGAUAUUGCUGGUAUAUAUGAAACACAGAUCAGGUCAUCUGAUAGGGCAAUUAUUGAACUCGGUUCUUGUGUUCGUUUCGAUGACAACAAGGCAGAACUACUUGCCAAAUCGUUUGAAAAGGGUUUCGAUAAAGAAAACUUGAAGCAAGUUGCGGCCGAGAACUACCUUGAAAAAUUCUCCAUGAACAUCUUAUAUUUGCUGCACAUCAUAUCCAACGGAUACGAGAUUUUUACGCUUUUCAACACUUUCAACACUUCCGCUUACAUGUAUGUGCUCAAAGCUUCAGCAAAUGCCCAACAGCUUCCACCGAAAAUGGGUAGUCUUUACAGGGAUUUACUCAAGGUUAAAAAAACCAAGGUUGACAAAUAUUAUCAGAUUAUUGACUAUCCACCCUCUAUCUCUUUCGAGACACACUACUUUACCGAUAUUGGCCGUCUUCAUCGUAAGCUUAAUGCAAAAAUUGCAAGCAUCAACGAACAUAGUGCUUCAAAGUAUCUUCUAACUAUUCAAUCGCCAUUCCCAGAAAAGCUUCAGAAGCUGUUGAAGGCAUCACAAUCAAUGCCAACUGUGAAGAUGAGCAUUGGUGAGAUUCAAACGAACGCAUUGUCAUGGCAUGUACUCAUCAUGAAGAGAAUCAUAAACCACUAUCUCUCACUAUCUGGAUGGAUCAAGAAGCUCAUUGACCUUUCGAAGUAUAGUAAUAUUCCUCUUUGUAACCUAAAAGUGUCAAACAUGGGAUAUUUGAUUGAUGUUGAGUAUGCCAGAAGAUUGCAAAAAGCAGGAAUAAUCUUGUGGUGGUCGCCUAGGCCAUUACCAGACUAUGGUGGUAUGGAGAAAGAUACAACUUUGUUUGAAUCGGAUGAAUCACUUCAGUUCCCGCACUUUAACAGUCCUGAGAUCUAUGAAACUGUCUGCAUGGAAUUAUCGUUGAGGAAUUUGACCAUCAACACGGUUUUAACUUCAUCUUGGAUUAACGAGGCUGAAGGUGUGUUUAUUUCGGAGACUGGAGAACGAAACGAUGCUGAUGGUGAAGAUGCAGGCUCAUCCACUCUUGCUGAUGAUUCGUUUUCGGGUCCCGCUUUGGCAGUUUUGCGUGGAUUGGUGAGACAUUGGUGGGAUGAUGCCAUAAAGGGUAAUUCCGAGGCCGAUUCCAUGGUUCAUGACUUCAUUACGUGGUACAGUAGCUCCUCUUCAAUGCUUUACGAUUCAUCAUUGCACUAUCAUGUUCACAAUCUUACCAAGAAGUCAUUUGUGCAACUUCUUGGAGAAUUCAAACGUAUUGGUGCUGGUAUUGUGUUUGCGGAUAGAAACAAAAUCAUUCUUCGUACAUCCAAGACCGUUGUCGAGAACUCCUAUGCAUAUGGUCAGUACCUUAUUUCAAGUGUUCGCUCAAAGCCACUUUUCAACCUUUUGGAGUUGAAUGUAACCAGAUACUGGGAUAUGCUAAUCUGGAUGGACAAGUACAACUAUGCAGGAAGCUUCUGUAACGAGAUCCAAGGUGAAGGAGAGCAAAAGUUCGAUUAUAUUUCCAAUUGGCAAAUAAAGAAUUACCUUCCAAUGAUAAUGCAGGGAGAAUUCGAGGACUGGGUUAUUCUCUUUUUGGAUGCUUUUAUAAAGGAUAGAGAAAGAGAGUACAACAGUGGUUCAUCUCAAUCCCAACUUUCGCCUAGAAGAACGCAAAUUACCCAGAUUUUGAAGCAGCAUAAGUUCAAUAACAGGAGAAACGGGGAGGAGGACAUUGAUAUGAGUGAAAUUACCAACGGCGUGUGUGAAUACUUCCGAUCUGCACUCAUUAAAAGAGUCAAGACCUUGAUUCGGAAGCAGAAUGAGAUGCUUCUUGAUUCAGCAAUGCAACAGGAGUUCGAAUUUCCUAAACUAGCGGGCUCUCAUCUUCCAAUGGAUAACCCAACACUAGAAUUGGUGAAAUUCUUGUGCCAUAUACUCAGCUUGUCAAAGAGAAGGGAUAUCGAGGUCAGAAUACUACGGAGAGAGCUUCUUUCAUUAUUUGAGGUGAAGGAGUUCAGUGAUGAAGCAAUAUUUAAGAAUCCGUCAGCUUCUCUGAUUAUUCCGCAGUUUAUUUGCAAUUACUGUGACCAUACGAAAGAUAUAGACGUCUGUCGUGAUGAUGAAGGAACAAUAUUUAGAUGUGAUUUGUGCCACAAAGCUUACAACAAGCUUAUCAUAGAGGAAAGGCUAAUUUAUGAGCUGCAUCGUACCAUUACAAAGUAUUUAACGCAGGACUUAAGAUGCAAUAAGUGUGGAAGGAUGAAAGACAAAGAGAUAUCACUUCAUUGCCAAUGCUCUGGAGAUUGGGUUGCUACAAUAUCGAAAAAACAGGCACUAUCUCGAGUGAAGACUUUUCAAAAUGCUGCAGAUGCUUAUCAGUUCCAGCUAUUGAGGGAGGUUACGGAAGAGUUUAUAUAA